GUUUGUUUGCAAAAUUCUCACGGUGAGGCAGAUGCGGUGUGCACAUUUGAGUUGCGGUGAGAGGUGGGUAGGUUCGCGCCUGCCUCAACUGGCGUCAAACGCGCCUUCUCACUCUCGACGCGUCGACACGCGAUUUACAAUUUCUACACCCCAUCUGCGCUUGCCCCAGCGUCAAUUUCCCACAACAGCGCGCGCCUACUCCAAUUCGCCUUUCGGUCCCGUCCCCGCUCGUGUCCAGAAGUGUUCUCCUAUUUCUCAACCGCUCGAAUGCCGUUCUUCUUUCGAUAGUUAAUCAUUUUUCUAUUUCGAGGCCACGCGAUGAGCUCGCAAGUCUUCGAGGCACAGCUUAUUGGCCCGGACAACGCCGCAUCGCAACAGCAGUUGGCCGAACUGAUCACUGCAGGCACCUUCACUGGCUCAGGCUUACCUCAAGUCGCCCAUGGAUAUCUGGACGCGUUCUGCAACGUGAGCAAUUCGAAUGGUCACCGAAGAUGGACUGGAAUCGCGCUAGCCGCUAUGAUGCGCGCGUCAACUGGCGUGGUCCAGCGCUUGAAGAAGCUCACCCAAGGACUUUCCCGUGUUGGUGCCAUCGUCCUCGACCUUAAGGAAAGCGAAGAACGCAGAAUUGUUGCCGGCCUCAUUAUACGCCAAGGACUUGAGCUGGGCAUCAACUUUGCGGACUUCUGGAUGUCAGACAAAGUCCUGCACAGCGCACCGAACUUUCCCCGGGAUCCCGGUGAUGGGUGGAUGGGCCAUUUCCAGACGUAUCUGGACACGCUGAGCAGCCUUGCCCUCGCAAACCUUGAUAACGAGCCUUUGGUGCUGUUCCCGAUGGCGCUCUCGGCCAGCGACGGCUUUCAGUGGACAGGAAAGUCCGCAGUUGCCUUGCUCGAGAAAGAUGUGCUGACUAUUGUCGCAUCUGACGCUUCACUUUCCAGAUUCAUAUUCAUCGACCUCCCGGUCCACCGUAUCAAGGAGACAGGUUUGCAGCAAGAUUCCCCGCACGAAAGCCAGGAGGGCCGAUCUGGACACAAGAUGCACGAGGUGGUCAUAACUUUACGGUCUGAUUCACGAACCUAUUGUCUGAACUCAUCAGAUCGCACAGCGGAUGAAUUUAAGGUGUCGUUCUUACGGCACGAGGACGCCCACGAACUCAAUAUUGGCUUGCAGGACGCUCGGCAGACUUCAGCCAGAUCUGCAGUUUCAACAACUGAGGCAGACGUUGUAGCGAAGUCUAGUAGUCCUCCAAGUUGUACGCAUCAAGCCUCCGUUCAACACGUAGAUGCCACACUUCCGCCCAGUAACGAACGGCCAGCCUCCGCCGGUUCAGAUACGAGAUCGGGGAUUAUAUUGGACGAACCCGUCUCACCAGAGCAGGUGGCAGGGGAGCGGACACUUGCACACCCUGCAAGACACGAGAGGAGCAACGGCAAGUUACCAAAGAUCUCAUUGUCGACGAAGCAAAAGGUCGCACGAACCCGACAGCUGCCAUCCGGCUCAGCCAAAGUCACAAAGCACAAAACGUCCAAAAACGCUGCACCGAUCGUUGAGGAAAGCGGCGACGAGGACGAAGAUGUGUCAUCCCAAGACGAGUACGUGCUACAAUCAACAAUGGCGACAUCCAAGUCAGCCGCUACCUCAGCCGGCAAGAGAUCACAGGGUCGACGCAAGGCUUAUGCCGACGAGGACGACGACUUCGAUCCUAAGACAUCGAAAGGAAAGUCGUCUACUAAGCGGAAGAGAGCUUUCAGCGAGAUGGAUGGAGACAGCCAGCUAACUAAGAAGAAGACGCAAUCGAAGCUAGGCAACUCCUCGCGAUCUGGUGCAGUCAACACAACGACAAAGAAGCCGAAGAUGAAAAUUCAGCAGGGCGUACCGCCAGCGUCUGCGUCGACUCGAGUUCCGAUGAAGCAAUCCCGUGCGCAACAAAACAUCCAACACAGAGGAACAUCACAGCCUACACUGAUUGGAGCGCUGAAGAAGUCGAACAGUCCUACCAAGGCCAAUGCUCCAACAUUCAAGAGGCCAGGUCACCCUGCCUCAACCCCCGGGAGACCGAGAACACAGCCCGUCCGAACCACCCCAAAGCCACAAACACCCGCCGGCAAUCUCCCCGUACAUGGCCGCUCAUCUACACCGCAGAGUAGGUCAAUACACGACGAGGAUCAUGGUCUUGGCAACACUCCUGUAGACACCGAGAUUCUGUCGAGUAAUACCAAACGUGUACCCGACUCACCGCAUGCCGAGUCGACAGCUAUCUCUGGGCACGCUUAUCGCGACGAUGUCCAUCGUGAGAAAUGCAUUGGCGAUCUUGAAACUGCCAAGAGCGACCCUUUCAAACAACGUCAGCCAGGAGUGCAGAAGAUGAACUCAUUCACUCGUAAGCUGACUGGAGAGAGCGUUGCAGACGAUAAAGGAGAAUCACUUCAGGGAGAGCCACUGUCGAUGCCAGCGGAAAUGGCAAAUGAUGAUCUUGAGAUCGAUGAUUUCGAACUCUUAUUUGCGAGUCAGCCGUUGCCAAAACACAGCCCGAGUCUAUUCAAGGGCCGCACAAACACGAUCCGUCAAAGUGUACAAGGCUCAAAUGUGGAUGUCCGAGCUGUGAACAGUCUUCCGAUCAAGAAAACGCGCAGAGUGAGCACAUUGGACCGCACUACAGGGUUUCAGCCUACAGUUCGAACUACGGAGAAGACUCGACGAGAGAGCCAGCGACCGCAAGCAAACGAGUCGAUUGUCUCUGCUCCGCGAGAGGCAAUCGAAGAUACGCUUCCUGACGCCACAAUUGAACCCGCGAAUUGUGCCGACUUCGACGGAGAGACGACACUUGUGAAUGAGGACAUGGAACUGCCCCAACGAAAAGGCACAAGCGCUUCAGAUAUACGAUUCCGGUCAUCACCGCCCAUCUCAGACUCUUCCAGCGUUCGAGGUGAAUUGUAUGACGAGUCUGAACAAGAGCCGGAUCCGUCGCCCCCAACAUCGCGCACAGAUGAGCUUGAAUGGGAGGCCGCCCUCGAACCGCAUCAGCGUGCCCUUCACGAGCAAUUGCUUCGUGCCUCGAAACGGCUCGUGCGUCACAUUGUGGACAAUGAAACAGCAGUGACCGACAUCACAGACGUCUUUGCUGCGGACGGCGAGCGUUUACUAGAUUUAGUUGUCGAGCGACAAGGCAACGAGUCUGCAGUGGCCUUUGGAGAACUCAGUAGCAAGAGACAGGAUCUGCUCAACGAGUUAUCCAAUGCGUCCAAGAAUCUGAAGUCACUGAGGAAACAGACCAGGGCCGUCGAAUGAGGUUGUGGACAUCAGCGACUCCGGGGCAGUGGCGAUCAUCCACAUCUGAAUGACUUCGACGACAGUUUUAACGGCGUUUACUGUGGCUCAUGCGUGCAUAGAUUUACGCAAUCGGCAAAGCUUUUUCAAUAACGAGACUUCUAACCCGACCUGAAGCGUGCUAAUAGCAUGCAUAUAUGGGGUAGUCUGAUCGCGGCGGGCGAUACCUGGUGGGUCUUUGUUGGAAGAUAUACGUGUGUAUCUUAAGAAUGGUCAUCAUGUAGUAGCAUAACAGUCUGUUCAUAUAAUACAAGACAGUCACG